CCUGCCUGCCUGCCGGCUGCCCAGCCCCAGAGGUGGCAGGUGGAGUAAGGCUGGCAGCCGCGCGGGCCGAGGAAGAUGCUGCAGCCGGGCGGGAGGCGGCGGCGGCGGCGAGGCUGGGGCUCGGGGAGCUUCCCCGCCUGGCUGUGCAGCUGGGCCCUGGUGUGCUGCCAGCGGGAGGCGGGCGCGGCUGUGGCCAGCCUGCCGCUGCCUCCAUGCCGCGAGGCGGACUACCACUUUGAGUACACGGAGUGUGAUAGCAGCGGAUCCCGAUGGAGGGUGGCAGUUCCAAAUCCGGAAGUGGAGUGUUCUGGUUUACCUGAUCCCAUCAGAGGAAAGGAAUGCACUUUUUCGUGUGCUUCUGGGGAGUAUCUAGAAAUGAAGAACCAAGUAUGCACUAAAUGUCCUGAAGGGACUUUCUCCGUAGGAAGUGGGAUUCAGUUUGUUGAGUGGGAUGAUCUGCCAGCAGGAUUCACUAACGUGGCCACUUACAUGGAUUCUGUGGAUGGAUCAUCAGAGAAUAAAGCAGAGAGCUGCAGCAAAUCUUCAUGGAAUCCUCGUGGGAAUUACAUUGAGUCAAACAGGGAUGAUUGCACCGUCGCUUUGAUCUACACCGUGCUCCUGAAGAAAUCUGGUUUUGUCUCCUUUGAAUACCAGUAUAUUGACAAAAAUAUCAUCUUUGAGUUUUUUGUUCAAAAUGACCAAUGCCAAGAGAUGGACUCCACAAGUGAUAAGUGGAUGAAGUUAACCAACAGUGGUGAAUGGGGAUCUCAUUUUAUAACUCUGAAACCAGGCACUAAUAUAUUAUACUGGCGAACGACAGGGAUCUUUAUAGGUUCUCAAGCCAUGAAACCUGUAUUAGUGAAAAAUGUCACCAUUGAAGGAGUGGCCUACACUUCGGAAUGCUUUCCCUGCAAACCUGGUACAUUUAGCAAUGUCACUGGCUCAUCGACUUGCCAGAUCUGUCCCAAAAAUACUUACUCGGAAAUGGGUGCUAAGGCAUGCACUAAAUGUCAAGAAGAAGCUCACUAUGCAGAUGAAGGCUCCGGCCACUGUAAGGAGCGACCACCCUGCACCAACAAUGACAUUUUUCAAAUACACACACCAUGUGAUCAGGAUGGAAAGACUCGGCUCAUGUACAAAUGGGUCGAGUCCAAGAUCUGUAGGGAGGAUCUUCCUGGAGCAGUGACACUGCCCCCUUCUGGAGAGAGGAAGGAGUGUCCCCCUUGCAAUCCGGGCUUCUACAACAACGGCUCCUCCUUCUGCACUCCUUGCCCUCAGGACAUGUUUUCUGAUGGAACCUGGGAAUGCAAACCUUGCCCUCCUGGCACUGAACCAGCUCUGGGGCUGGAAUACAAGUGGUGGAACGUGCUCCCUCAUAAUAUGAAGACCUCGUGUAUCAAUGUUGCCAACUCCAAAUGUGAUGGGAUGAAUGGUUGGGAAGUAGCUGACGAUCACAUUCGAACUGGGGCAGGGGGCACAGACGAUGAUUAUCUUGUUUUGAACCUUCACAUUCCAGGAUUUAAAUUGCCAACUUCUGUCACAAGGAUGACAGGCUCAGAACUUGGACGGCUCACCUUUGUGUUUGACACCAUCUGCUCCGCCGAUUGUUCACUGUAUUUCAUAAUGGAUAUCAAUGAGAAUUACACCAAUGUGGUGAAAUCCUGGAGUGGCACGAAGGAGAAGCAAUCAUACACAUAUAUUAUCUCCAAAAAUGCUUCUUAUACAUUUACCUGGGCUUUCCAGAGAACAAAUCAAGGCCACGAAAGCAGGAAGCUCAUCUAUGACGUGGCCAAGAUUUACACGAUAACCGUGACCAAUGCAGUGGAUGGGGUUGCCUCCUUCUGCCAGGCCUGUGCUGUUGGUUCUGAACAGUCUGGCUCAUCCUGCAUCCCCUGCCCUGCUGGGCACUACAUAGAAAAGGAAACCAGUCAGUGCAAGGAGUGUCCACCCAACACUUACAUGUCAAUUCAUCGAGUGUAUGGCGAAGAGGCAUGUGUCCCAUGUGGUCCUGGCAGCCGAAGCACCAAGGACCAUUUUUCAUGCUUCAGUGAUUGCAAGCUGUCAUAUGUCAAGAACAAUCGGAGCUUCACCUAUGAUUUUAGCAACUUGAGUAGAGUAGGCACUGUUAUGAACGGACCAAGCUUUACAGCGAGAGGGACCAAGUUCUUCCACUUCUUCAACAUCAGCCUGUGUGGAAACCAAGGAGAAAAGAUGGCAUUUUGUGCUGACAAUAUAACUGAUAUUACACUGAAGGACAUGGUGGCAGAGUCAGAAUAUUAUUCUAACGUAGUGAGGGCUUUUGUCUGCCAGUCGACGAUCAUCCCUCCUGACAGCAAGGGAUUCCGAACUGCUUUGGCUCUUCAGUCCAACAGCCUUGCUGACACAUUUCUUGGAGCUACUAUAGAAACAAGCCUGGGAAGCAUUAAUGCUAAUCCAGACAUGUUCAAUCAGUCUGAAAGGAAGAUACCUGAUGUGCAUUUCUAUUACAAGUCUAGUGGAGUUACAGCAACCUGUCAAAUUGGACGCACUUCUGUUGUGACCCUGAGAUGCGAUCCUGCAAAACCUGGCCAAGGGAAAAUUUCUGUUCCCAGUUUGUGCCCUGCAGGCACUUGCAAUGGCUGCUCAUUCUACUUCUUGUGGGAAAGCGCUGAAGCCUGUCCCUUGUGUACACAGCAGGAUUACCAUGAGAUUGAGGGGGCUUGCAAAAAAGGACACCAGGAGAUCUUAUAUUUCUGGAAUGAACCAAAGCAGUGUGUAAAAGGUGUAUCCUUGCCUGAAAAGAAGACCAUCAAAUGCGAAAUGGUGGAUUUCUGGCUGAAAGUUGGAGCUGCGGUUGGUGCAUUCACUGCUGUCCUGCUGAUUGCCUUAAUUUGCUAUUUCUGGAAGAAGAAUCAGAAGUUAGAAUAUAAAUAUUCCAAACUGGUGAUGAGUGCAAAUUCAAAAGAAUGUGAGCUUCCAGCUGCUGACAGCUGUGCUAUCAUGGAAGGGGAAGAUAAUGAAGAGGAAAUAGUAUAUUCCAACAAACAAUCGUUGCUAGGAAAACUCAAAUCCUUGGCAACAAAGGAGAAAAACAACCAUUUUGAAUCUGUGCAGAUGAAAUCCUCAGGAUCCCAGAAUAUAUGAAGAUUCACCUCACCUUUGAACAAGCAAACCAGAUUUCUGUUUAGAUGGGACCACAGUAGGAGCAUGACUGGUGGUCUCCAGUGAGAGAUGCUGUGCAGCAGCCUAAGCAAAGAACAAAAGGACAACGUUGCCUUAUCCCAAGACUGAGUAACUUGCCAAAAGGAGAACAAAGUGAAUCAUUUGGGUCACAAGCUGGGGAUGACUUUCAACUCAGGGAGAAAUAGAAAGGUGUGUAGAGUUGGCCAAGACACUUUUCCUGAGAUAACCUGAAUGGUGCCUCUGAAAAUAGUAACCAUCUAUAGGAAACUAAAUAAUUGGCGGUUUGCUUCCAUUUAAUGGUAUCUCAGUACCUAUGGUGGACAGCCCUGUGAGAAAGAGGCAGGUCAUACCUGGUACAAAUUUUACUUAAAUUCAGGCAUCAUAUGUACCUCUUCUAUUCCCAUCUCUCCCCCCCCCCCCCGCGGUAAAACUGAGAGAAUUUGGGAAAGGCCUGCAAGUUGCCUUCAGAUGUGUUCAGGCUGCAGUGCUUUUCCAAAACAAGGAUCAGUUCUUGCAACAGAAGUGGGAUCAAUACUUGCAACAGAAGAACCAUGGAAAGGUUUCUUUUAAUCCAUGGAAUGGAGAGAGUGUGUGAUGUAAUUUCUUUUGUUGUUUUGCCUGGUGUUAGAUGCAGUUUUGCGCCUGUCAAAUUAGCUUCUUUAGCUGAAAGGACUCAUCAUAUGGAAGAAGUGAACAUGUAUUGUCAAAGACCAGAGCCCUGUUGUCUGACUGAGCGGGCCACUUUUCUUAGCUGAGCAGAGUGUUCAAACUGGGGCCCAGAUGACAUAUGCAGCUUGGACUGAAGUGAAACUAACAGGGAGCGAUUUGUACUGCAAUCCUAAACUGAGCUAUACAUUUCUAAGCUCAUGGACUGCAAUUGCCCUCAGAGGGUGUACCUUUGCCGUGGAUUGCACUGUCACUAUAACAAACACUUUGGCUGAAGCAGCUCUUCACAAGCUUGCGGUAAUUUUAGUCAUUCCAUUUUAACCUCUUCCUUUGAAUGGCAUUAUGAGAAUUCUGUCCCGGUGUGAACUUUCACUUAGGAACAGCUUCACGCUGUUUCAUUUCAAAGAGUAAGAAUACCCCUGUCUGCAGGUAAGAAACAGCCUGAAGUUAGACAUAUUUUUAGACACAUGAAAUGGAUAAAAAUUCCAGAUAGAUUGCUACUUUCUGUGUUAUAUCUGGACAGCACAGCAGUGUGUUAUCAUAAUGUUCCUAUGUCUAGAAGGGAAGAAUCCAUGUACAUUUCACAUAAUGGUGUAGGGGGCUCCAACUUUCUUUGAACCUGCAGGCACCUUUGGAAUUUAGAGAGGGAAUGGUGAGCACCACCUCAAGAUGGCUUCUGUGGGAAGCAAGGCCAAACCCCAAAAUGGCUGCUACAGGAGGUGGAGUCAAGGUCAAUCACAAUACCUCCCUCCCCACUUUGCGAGGAUCCUGGCCCCAGCAAAGCCAGCAGCUCAGCACCCGUCAGCUGAACCUGAUUACCCCCCAGCAUGUUUAGGUUGAGCUUUGGGAAAACUGCUUUGCUGGAUCAACUGGUCCAUCAGGCGCAGGUUUGUGUACCAAUUCCAGUUCCUCAUCUCCAGUUCCAGCUCCUGGAUGCCUGCCUGUGUAAACACUCCCAAGCACUGCUGUGUAGACAUGAAGGCACUGUUCCAGGUGAUAUCAAACUGGGCUUGUCUUUAAUGUAUCAUCUCUCCUUCCCACCUACUCAACAGCCUAACUUUUAAAUGCUCUCCUAUCUUCUGCUGUGUUUAGUAAUUAUUAAUUUACUUCAUUUAUUGCCCACCUUUCUCCACAGUUGGGACCCAAAUAGGCUUGUCUCAGUUAGGCUGUCUGGGGACCUUCCUUGCCUUAUGCAAGGCUCAGCUGAACCAGGAGCCAUAGUCUGCUUUGCCUCACACAGGGUUUAGCACUGUCAAGCCAGGUACCUACCACCUACCACCAUCUGCUGCACCUUCUAUGGGGCUGAGAUGGGCACUGAGGCAAACACUACUGCCUGCCUCACCUUGGGUAGGCUGAGCCUGGCACUACCCUGCCCCCUUUUCACCUUGCACAGGACUCUGAUAAUCCAGGCUCCAUCUCCCUUGCUUCAGAUCAUGUGAGCCAGGCACCACGCCCUCCACUUUGUAUGGGGAUUGAGCAGGUCAGGCUCAGCCCUUUUGCCACAGAGCACAGGUGGCAUGACCCAUGUGGGGGACAUUGGCCCACUCAGUGGCAUUCUGGUGCUCUUAAUGGUUGGUGUGCCCUUCCCUGUAAGUAAAGCUGAGAACGUGUAAAUGCCCCAAGGUCACCCAUGGAGUUUUCAUGGCAGAGUGGGGAUUCAAGGUCCUAAUUUGAAACCCUAACUACUAUACAACAUUGUCUCUUAGGAAGUCACCCGGUGGUUGCUGCCAAGCUGGGCCCCAGUAAGUUCUCCUCCCCCUGCCUUUAACUGACAGAAACCAAGGCUGGGACUGUCAGGCAAUGCUGUUGUGGUUGCUUUAAAAUAGCCACUAAGGGUGUGUGUUUCUUAAAGCUAUUUCACUCCUUUUACAUUUUCUUUCCUAAAUAGCAAAGCUGUGAUAAUUUAAAGUUUACCAAAAAAGAACUGGUUGGCUUCCUUUGAGAAUUUAGACAAAGUAUAUCUGCUAAGAAAGGCCAAAUUGCCAGUAUUCACCAUAUGUUGUUUAACUGAUAUUUUCUGAAGAACAUUCUUUGCCAUAACUAUCCUAUACUCAACAUUAAUUUAGGUCUACAAGCCUCACAAACUUGGGCCAUUAUUUCAACCAGUUUUCAUCUCAUUGUGACAUUUAUAUCAGGCUUCCUUUAAAUUUGGAUGCCAGUGAUUUCAUUUUUGCAAAGGGCAAAAGUAUUUCACUGGUGCCUCCUGAAAAGGAACACACCUAAGUGGGGUUAUUGGCUCUGCUGUUAAAUGUUUAAGCCCAUGGAAAAUGUAUAUGCUACCCUAGCAGAGGUGUAUGGGGGUAAAUGGUGCCUGGAGAUAAAUUGUCUCUGAGUGCCCCCCCCCCCCGUGCCUGGGGUGGGGCUCUGCCCAGUGGUGGGAUCCAAAAAUUUUAAUAACAGGUUCCGAUGGUGGUGGGAUUCAAACAGUGGCGCCGCUGCACACAUGCACCUCCAGUCCCUAUUGGGCAGGGAGGUUGCUUUAGUAACCCCUUCUCGGCACUCAGAAGAGACUGUGGUCCCCGGCCUUGGGGAGCUGCUGUUAUAAGCACUGAGGUGGGGGGGGUGGGGUUCAGGGGGCAGGGCCAUGCCUCCCCAAGCCCCACCACCAGCCACAGUGCUUAUAAAAGCAGCGUUCCAAGGCCAGGGCCUGCAGUCUCUUCUGGCCUGCCUGGAGGGGAGGGAGAAGGGACUGCCGGCUGCUGGCUGGUUGCCCAGCUGACAGAGGGGACAGAGGAAGGGUCGGAGCCAGGCACCCUCAACCCUGCCUAUGUCCAUGUUGAUGAUGACAUGGGCAGGGUCGGGGCACUUGGAGACAACAAGGCAGCAGGAAGUCCUGCUGACUCGUCGUCUUCGAGCACCCUCGACCCCGCCCAUUUGUCAUCGACUUGGGCAGGGUUGAGGGUGCCCACCUUUGCCCCCCGGCUUCUGUCUUCCUGGUCGUGUGGGAGCCGAUUUUACACCUCCCAUGUGACCAGAAGAGUGGCCCCCAGGGAUACCCCUUGUCCGUAGGUAGCCCUUGUCCCUAGGAAAAGCAUACCCAUUGUCCCUAGGCACUGUAUCCUAGCCGCUAAAUAAUCUGUAAAGAGUUCAUAUUUUGGUUUGAUCAAAGGUUAAGGAGCCAAAAAACUUUGCUUCCACUUACUGGCUCCCUCUUAUGCACUACAGGAUAUGAGCCAGAGGGAUUUUAUACCCCUCUCCCUGUGUGAGCAGUUGCCAAGGCAGUGGCAGAGCCUUCCUGUUGGCAUAGUUGCCAUCUGACCAGUCCCCAGCAAAUAGAACUGGGCAGCUGAAGUACCUGAUAAGGUGGUGGCUCUGCCAAAGCCUUGUUUGCUGGUUGUUCUAAGGAAUUAUUUUACCUGGCUUAGGAGCCCUUUGCCUGUUUCAUCUUACACAGGAGAAAGCAUCUGGGGUGCACUGAUAGAGUGAGUCCUUGGGCCAGGGGGAAAGCAUUGGAAGCCAGAAGAUUGAGGUUCAGUUCUUUACUCAUAGCACAGCAUAGUUAGAUUUAGCUAGUUAUAUCAGAUCAAAUACAUAAUUAAUAUACAUUAUAAUUUCCAACCAGUUAUGAUUUUUACUGUGUGUUAUUUCUCUGAGUGGUUGGUAAAACUGUGAACUUGAAAGAACCAAUUCUGGGAACUUGGUAAUAUUCUGUAUCAACCUCCUUAUGUUUCUAUGAGUGAAUUUCAAGCAAAUCUACCUAGAAGUUUCUCCAAAAGUUCAGUCCCAAACUUUCUUGAAUUUUGAUCGUGCAGCUGGAAUCUCUUGUAUCACAUGUAGCCAUAUUGGUUACAUUGCUGCCACUGUUUUGGUUUGUUGGAAGGAGUAUUUGAACUCUUUAUUUUAACAAAUAAAGCUUUAUCAGACAUUGAAUUGA